UUCGUCGCCGUGUUUCGAAACACCCGUCGUCCCAUUUUACUACUCUUUUUCGGCAUUAUAAUAAAAUGUAUUCUGUUACGGCCGCGUCGUCGUCUUCGCUUACCACCACCGCUGGGAGGCAGCUGUGGCGGCCGUCGUCGUGUGUUCGACGCGUGUGCAAUGUGCAUGCGCGCGCGCACCGCCGUCGCCGCACUACGCGUGAGUGCGGAGAAGCAAUUGUCUGGGCGGUCGACUGACGGACGACACCGGAGACACACACCGCCACACGGCCACGCCGGUGGUAAAGAACGGCCACUGUAGUCUAUACACUACAAUGUUAUACUCAGUACUGGACCGGCACGCCAACCGUUUCGGCGUGGUUUAUUCACCGGCUGCUCGUACAAAAUAUUAUGUUGUGUAGUAUAGUACAUUUCGUCGGUACACCGAUGCACCUUUCCAUUUCCGCCCACACGUUUGUUUUGUGUAUUACGUAGACGAUGGUGUGAAAAAUGUGUUACUAUUGUUGCUUAAAUUAUAAUACUUAAUAAUAUUACGACGGUUAUUAAAUUAAAAUUAAAUCUUUCGAGUAUUUAUUUUCGCUGUUCCGUCGAACAAUGUAGCCUACUCGAGAUGCACUCAAAUUAAUCCGAUGCAAUUGCCAAAUUUUAUACGUCGUUUACCUUUCCACGCUCUUCAGUUCGACGACGACUCAUAAAUCUAUCGGUGUUAUUUUUACGGACUACAAUUAUUCAAACACACGCAUUACAGUGGCGGCGAUCGUAUAGGCACCACUACCCCGUGUAUUGACGUUGGACGCAGUGGGGUGUACAGGCCAUGGGUAGAAGAUGUUAAAUACUCAGUGCUGGAAAACAGACCUGCCGGACAACGGGAAUAAUGGCGGCGCUGCAGUUGCAUCACCAGCAGCCAUGCUCCAGGAUGCGGACAAGUCAAUGCGAUUGCAAGCAUGUUGGAUCCGGUUGUGGGACAGGUGGGCGUACGAACAGCGCAAUGUGGUCCUGUACCAGAUGCACAUCAAUCACGUGCUGUCUCGGGAACGGUCCAAGCUAACGCUGGCCGGUGGCCGAGUGGUGUCGUGCAGGCGCAUCAAGCAGCAGCAGAUAGGAACGGGAUCCCGGUGCUGUAGCACGACCAUCACGGCCGCCGCUGUCUCGACGUUGCCUGUGGCCGUCCGGUCCACCGCGGUGCAUCCUACCAGUAGAUGCAUCGCUUCAUCCACUCCUGAUGACGCCCCGAUCUGCAGCGUGGCCACUGAAGCCACCGCCGCAAUGGUCGCGUCGGUUACCUUAUCGGACGCUGCGGGUGCUCGCGACCUGCGCGUGCUGUCUACAGCCGUUGCUCGGCUUCGGGCGUCCGGCUGGUACUACGAGGGCACCGAGGCACAGGCCUGGGCCGCGGAUGCACUGGCCAGCAUGCCGGCGGGUCGAUUUUGCGUUCGAGAUUCCAGACACUCGGAACACCUGUUUACCAUGGACGUGCAGAUAGGCCGCACCGGUGAGUCUCGGCUUAUGAGCGUCCGGUUCACGUAUGUAGAUGGAGUGUUUGGGCUAGACUCGAUGCCACGUCGAACAGGCGCUUUCAGCGUACCGAAGUUCCGAUGUCCAAUCGAGCUGAUCGACUACUACGUGCGGCUGUCCCGGAUCGAGGCAGCCCGCCAGAUGCUCGUGUACCCGGUGUGGAUCGACCAGUGUGGCCAGUUCUUUUCGUGGUUGAACCUCCGCCGGCCAGUGGUCAAGGUCACCGCCGCAGGGUUCCCGUCGCUGAAGCACAUGGCCCGCCUGGUAAUCAACCGGCACAAGCGUCUCAUCACCAUCACUCCUACAUCACUACCAAACGAACUGAUCGAAUAUUUACUCCAAUAUCCGUAUAGCCUGUGAUCAAUUUAUUUUCUACGUCGUCUACGUUACUUUUCUACUAUUAUAAUACUAUUAUUUUAAUUUUUUGUCGUAUUUUUACUGUCAGUCUUAAUUUAUGUUAGGUAUAUAAUUAUAAUAUAGUAAGUUAUUAGCGCAUGUGCGUGUACAAAUUAUUAUUA